AUGGCGUCGGACGACCGCACGUUCGAUGCGUUGACCGAGAUAGAGCGCGCGCACGCGUUUUGCGGCGACGACGACGCGGCGAGGGCGACGCACGAACGUCUCGAACAAGAGAUCGCGAUGAACUCGGGCGAGCCGGAUCGAGGACGGGACCGACGACGAGCGACACGUAAGGGCGCGGGGACGCUCGAUGACGCGCGCGCGGUGUCGCGCGAGUGCGUGACGACGUGUCGACGGUGUUUGGAGGCGUUCAUCGCGUUGAGACGGGAGGACGCGCGGGAAAGGGUGGAGCGCGGGCGUGCUUCGUUCGCGGAGAGAGAACGCGCGCGCGCGGCGGAAGAAUCGCGCGCGAGGUGGGAUUACGAGCGGUUACAUCGCGCGUUCAACGUCGGGGAGGUGAACGACCCGAUCGAGAUCGCGAGCUUGCGGGCGCACGCGAAGGCGAACGCGUUGAGGGAGAUGUUGACGUCGCCGAGUCGGGCGAAAGGAAAGGCGUGUUACGACGCGUUCGGACACGUCUUCUCCCAGGCGGUUGGAAUCGAGGUCGGGGGUGAGCUCAAUGCGACGCCGAGCGCGAUGGAUGACGCGCGAGCGGUGAUCGAGGAGGCGCGAGAGCGACCUUGUGGGUCGUUUCCAGGGGUGUUUUUGAUGCUCACCGACGACGACAAACGUAAACGCGAGGAGGCGAAGCGCAUCAUCAAGGCCAGCGGCAACAACGGUCGCGGCGGCGUGCGGAACAAGCUGCGCUUAGAGAACUGCCCCGAUAGUUUCGUUGACGACGUGUUCGGAUUUUGGAUAGAUAGUUUAUUGAGGGAGGAGUCGCGGAAAACUUCACUGAGACGAAUCACUUGCGUGAAGAUGCACGAAGAUUUUCCCGAGGGCGUCGAGCCUUACGAGCCUAAAAGUGCGCGCGUGUGGUUUGCGUUGGCUUACACGCUGGAGAUGUGCGAUAACGCGCUGGUACAAGAGCUGUUCCAGUCGUAUUCGGUCAUUUUCCGACUUGCUUCAGACGCGGUGGAUCGAGCAAACGAAAACACAAAGAACAGCCUUUCUCUCUCGCUCUCGUGCAACGCGUGCGAGGUCAUUAACGCAGUCCUCUCGGUUCUUCCUCGCGGUCCGGACGCAGCGAGGGUGUUUUGGCCUCGCGUCGGCGUGCCUCCGAAGCAUUUGAUCGAUGGAUUGUAUGACGCCUCGAGGCUCGUGAAGGACAUGCCGGGGUCUCAGCUUAUCGCCCUGAAGUGUCUCAUGAACGUCUACCUCUUGCUCAACACGGGCGAUGCUGUUAGCUCUGGAAAGAUCGUCAGCAUCUUGGUGGAGGAGAUUCCGCGUCUCCCUCAUCUCUAUAGCCCGGAUGUGCAGUGGCGCAGCAGGCUCUUGGCGUGCGAGGCCGUGAAGGAACAGUACUCGGGCAUCGGCGUCGAUGACGCUGUGUUGACGAGCGGGGCCUGGUACGAUCGCGUUGGUGAUGAUUUGGCAAAUAGUCUCAGAAACCGCGAUGAACUUUCAGAGGGGGCACAGGCCACCAGAAACAUGUUAGCAAACACACUCGUCACCACGAUGGGUUACGUCAUUUGUGCAGAUGCCAUCGCACUGAACGCUCUAGCAGACCCAGGAUUCUUUUACUUUAGCCCCGAAGAUUGGGCGAAAGAGCAACGCAUCAAGGGCGAUACCGCUACCGGUCGGCUUCAUCUCAAGAUUUUGAGCACGGUGAGGUUGAAGAAGCGCUGGAAAGUCAACACGAGUGUGUGGAAAUAUGCGUUGGGUUACGAAAAAAUGUCGCCAAUCAACGAAACAGGCGUCGGCAACCUCGAACCGCAAUACGUUAGCGCGGUGAUGUAUGCGAUGGGCCUUAUCGCGCCGUACGCGCGCGAUGACGACGGAGCGAUGAAACCAGCAGAUAUCAAAAAAUACUUUGGCAAGUACGUCGAGAUCAUUCCUCAAAACCAAGAAAACGCCGACGCGCUACGAAAAAUCCUGAGCAAGUGCGGCGAGUGGUUUUUGCGAUCACUGUUAACUUGCGAUGAUGCGCUUACGGAGAAGAAGCCACUCGAUCGCUCCGAUGACGAAGCGAAGUGCAUGGAGGGUGUGGUAAUGUGCAUGAUGUCGCAGCGCAAUGCGCUGGUCACGGCAGCGGGCGAGGUCAUGAAGAAACAUUUUGAUGAAACGAACCGUGAACAGUGUUACCGACGCAUUUUGCUGGAUGAUGAACGAUUGUCCGUGUCCAAGGCGGUACUAGGGGCGACGUACUGCGCGCUGAAAGACGUGAAGAGAUUGUUGACAAACACUUCUGAGGAAGUGAGCGAACUUUUGAGGCGUGCGAGCGCACCGAUUCUUCAAACGCAUCACAUCAUCAAGGCGAUCGACAAAGACGACAAAGAACGACUCCAGACGUUUAGCCAGCAUUUGUCUCGGAUCAUGAUCGCAUCCAUCGGCGUCUUCGAAGCGGUCGUGCGAGACGGCCCCAGGAGAGCGUCAGCGGUCGACGACGAAAGGCUCUACACCAUGCUGGUCUACCUCAAAAUGUACUGGCAGUUGAUCAAGCAGCGCGAACAGGAGAAGAUUUUCAUAUCCAAUCAACCUGUGAACAUUCUGAAACUUCUUCUCUCUUGGGAUCCGAAGACUUUCAGCAAAUCGAAGGAGCCCAUUGACGGCGCUUGGAUCGAGGCGAUUAGAACUCUCAAGUUCGAAAUUGAAAACGAACCCGACUCAACUUUUACGGCAAGUGCGCGCGAGUCGGCCGAGUGUCGCCAUCUCGCUCAAUGCCAUGUGCAGUCGCAAGGAGAGAACGCUCUGAGCGACGAAAUCAGGAGAAAGCUCAUAGAAAUUUUCCCUGAACUGUCAGUGCGGGUAGAGAUGAGAGAGGAGGCGCCGGAAGUGAGCGAGUUGAACUUGACCCCAUUGGACCAGACGAGCGUUAUUCCGGACGCUCCAGACGAGAUCGAACAUGAUUAUGGUCCUGUUAUUCACGUGGUGGACUCAGAUCAGGAGUGCGAACCUCUGCCUACUCGGACGGACAAGUCACUGCGAGCUAAGUUCUCGUUGGAUGGCAGUUCAGUCAGCAAGAAGUCAACGGCGCAAAAGCGGCCGGAACCCGAGUCGAACGAACCGGGUUGGUUGCUUGGGACGGAUAAGCGGAAAAAGGCACGCUCGCAUACUGCGCGCAAAGAAAAGGCGCCGCCGGACGAGCCCGUGGCUAAACCCACUGGUUUCAAGAUUCGAAAACGCGCAGAGCAAACCGUUGAGACUGGGUCGUACAUAAAGGACACUCGGAAAACUGUGGUUCCGAUCGACAUUACAGAUGCGACUCAUAAGGCGUCUAGACAAGUGAUUUUUCCGACGAUGAACUCGCGAAACACGGACUAUUACGACAUGAUGAGUACCGUGGAUCGCAACAUUCAAGAUGAAUUCAAUGUCAAGAUGGAAGUACCGCCGCCACCAAUCGAACGCAAAUUCUCAUCUUCAACGGUCAAGCGCGCUCAGACGACUCCCAGCGUCGAGCACAGACCGAUGUAUAAGGCUCCAAACGCGCGACGAGCGCCAUAUAAAUUGGACGACCUCAUACGAAGUACCUUGUGCAUGAGUAUUGAGCAGAUAAAAGACGACACGGUGCGAAUUCACUUGGCUAACUGUACUCUCAACGAGAAGGAUAGUCAUCUAGCAGACUUCCCCCCGAACACUUUCCACAGCGCCGUGGAGUAUAAAGAUCACUUUAUUCCACUCAUGUUUACCGAAUUACGCGCGAACAUUCACCGGGCACUGGAGAAGGGGAAUCUCGGAGGUACAAAGCUAGGCGUUCUCGAGAACGACGGUGAGUUCAACGACAAUACCUAUACGAAGAUCAAGCUGGUGAUGCCCAGUACAGAGGUCGCAGAAUCCAUGUUCAAAGCAGACGAUUUAGUACUGAUGGAGACGGCGUCAAGGCGCGACAAGCUCAUCGAGUCCCAGGAGGAGAAGAGUGAGUUUGUGAGUCUGAGUCAAUCGAAACCGUCAUCGCGAGAUCACAAAAUGUACGUCUUCGGUCGAGUUGAAUCCGCGAGAGGGAUGAAUGUCAUCAUUCAGACGUAUCUCGGUGGGAAGGGUGCGAACCAGCGCUUGACCACGAUGAAGCGAGCCAUGCAAACGACUGGCACACAACUGCGUGUGUCGCGAGUGCUCGAACUUGCCCCAACCCUUCGUGAGCUUCACGCCGUCUGCAGCAUGAACGACGGACUCUUUGCCAGAUUUAACACGCACCUUCCCAGUCGGAUGCCGCUCAUGUAUCCAAAGCAGUUAUUGGGCAUCAGUGAGGAUGCGUUUAAAGCCAUGAGUCCGUCGUUGAACGAGACCCAACGCUUGGCUCUGCUUGGGGCGUGCGCGAGACCGUUCAUCGACGAUCCUAACAAGCGUGACGCGCCUGUACUUAUACAGGGACCACCUGGUACUGGGAAGACGCACGUUAUAUGCUGUCUAAUUGCGGCACUCCUGAACGGCCAAGACGCUCAGGGGCGUCCCAGGCGAUCACGCGUAAUUUGUGCAACGCAGAGCAACGCCGCGAUUGAUCACAUCAUCGAGCGCCUGGUGGGUACAGAGGGGUUGAAUCCGAUGUAUGAAGGCUUGAGGAGCGUAAUCAUGGGAGCUGAAGUCAUUCGAAUCGGUUCCGCGGAUAAAAUUAACCCGAAUUCCGCAUCAGCGAAGUGUCACGUACGCGAGAAGCUCAGGGCUGGCGGCGUCAAUCCUGAAGACGCUGAAGGAAACGUGUAUGCGCAGAACAGCAAGUACUUCGAGAAGGAACUCAACGCCACAAAGGCACAAAGACAAAGACUGGAGCAAAAAAUUCGAGCGGAGAGUCAGCGUUUAGAGAAGCGCAACGGCAAGUUUAGUGGUGUUAAAGUGCCCGCCUAUAGCGUUGAACUGGAAAGUUUAUUGGCCAAGCGUUUGGACCUCCUCAACACGCAAGACAGUUUGGAACUCAAGUUGAAGGGUAAACUCGUUGAAGAAGGUAGAAGUAAUGGGAACGUGGUGACCACGACGCCGUUUGAGCAAAUCAUCGACCGCGCAAACGUGGUGUGCGGAACGCUCUCUUCUAUGGGUCAACUCGCGAAGAAACAAGCGACGAAUGGAGCUGGCCCUUCUCGCCCGUGCGUCGCGAAUCUUUUCGACGUCGUGAUCAUCGACGAAGCUUCCCAAGCUGUCGAGCCGGCUUCGAUGGUCGCGUUGCAGUGGCUCAAGCCAGAUGGGCUCGUUAUUCUCGUAGGAGACUCCAAACAACUCGGACCGACGGUGAUUUCAAACGCCGCAAACAGAGCUCACUUUGGAUCGAGUCUCUUCGAGCGCAUGCAAUCCGUCGGUUUGCCGAGAUAUGAGCUCAGCGAGCAGUACCGAAUGCAUCCGGAAAUUUUGAGAUUUCCAAACUGGCAAUUUUACACAGACUCACUUCGAUGCGGUGAUGGUUGCAACGCUUUCACGCGUGCGGCUCCAUACCACUCCAUUCCAAACUGCGGUCCGUACCAGUUUUUCAACGCGCGACACGGACAGAUGGUCGUUGAUCGCUACCAACAAGGCGGUCGUUCGUGUUCGAACUCGCACGAAGCGGAUUUCGUGUCUUACUGCUACCGACAGAUCGCCAUCGCUGCGAGCCAGUCGAGGCAACGAAUCAGUGUGGGGAUCAUCUCUCCCUACAUCGAUCAAAUUCAAAGGAUGCGAGAGUUUGUCGAGCACAUUCAAAAGCACGAGAAUCGGGGAAACCUCGACACUUGGGCACCGGUGACGUACGGAACGGUCGAUCAAAUCCAAGGACAGGAAUUCGACGCGGUCAUAAUCUCGUGCGUGCGAGCCCGAGUGAAGAGUGAUGCGUCAAACUCGCUGACAGAUGUCGGCGUCGGCUUUCUCAACGACGUGCGCAGACUGAACGUCGCGCUCACGCGCGGUCGUUUAUCGACGUGGAUAAUUGGCAACUCUGAUUCGCUGAAGAACGAGCAAAUGUGGAGAGACUUGAUUCACGACGCCAAAGAACGCCGCGUGUUUGUGCAGUGCGGAAGAGAUGCUCCUUACAACGAUGUGUUCACCUCCGGCACGGCUGCGACCGCGCCGCAAGUGUCGGGCGCGACUGGGGCGUCCGAUCCCCAAGCACUCCCGCGCCGAGUCGUAAUGCAGGAAAAGAAUGAUCCGCGGAGAGCGCGAUUGGCAAAACAGCCGGACAGACUUGCGCAGACCUUCCUCCAGGAAGUCGAGGCUGGGGACAACGAGCCGGAAUGGAAGACAAUGGAAGAGUUGACUCGAGUUGACGACGCCCCGCCUCGGGCUUCGGAAGGCUUCCGAAGGGGGGUCGAAAGAGUGUUUGACGAUCGACAUCACUCGCUGUACGACUCUCACGGCGGUCGAGGAAGAGGAAUCGCGGGCCGUGGACGAGGCGAUGGUGGUCUUGGCCGCGGACGAGGCGACGGUGGACGUGGCCGUGGACGAGGCGACGGUGGACGUGGCCGCGGACGAGGCGACGGUGGUCUUGGCCGCGGACGAGGCGACGGUGGUCUUGGCCGCGGACGAGGCGACGGUGGACGUGGCCGCGGACGAGGCGACGGUGGACGUGGCCGUGGACGAGGCGACGGUGGACGUGGCCGUGGACGAGGCGACGGUGGACGCGGCCGCAGACCCGAAGCAAUCGUGAAAAAACGCGGAUGGUACGAAGACGAACUAUCCGACUGA